GUCAUGAUUUAUUCACAAUUCAACCCUCCUAUGAUUAUAAUGAAAAUUCAUUUAAAGAAGAUCUCAAAACCUUGUACAAAAAAUUGGCAGUCAACAGUAAGAGCAUUGUCUUUCUCAUCACUGCUUCUCAAGUGUUCCGUAAUGGUUAUUUUUGGUAUAUUGAAAAAAUUCUGAAGUAUGGAAUAAUAUCAACCCUUUUUUCUGAAGAUGCCAAAGGUCAAUUAACCUCUGCAUUUCAGGCUGCGUCUGAAGAGGCUGGAUUUGGCAUAAGCA